AAACAGAAAAAAAAAAAAUCAUGGCUGGUGGAAUAGAACAUAAUCCAGAGACCCCAUUACUGCCGGCAACAUUUUCUGGCUCUUCUGAUUCAAAUGUUGUAUACUCAGAUAUUGAGAAAAAGGGUACAAUAUGGACUGCAGCGGCACAUAUUAUAACAGGGGUUAUAGGGGCAGGGGUACUAUCACUUUCAUGGAGUAUAGCACAAUUAGGAUGGAUAGCUGGUCCAUUGGCUAUUCUAUUCUUUGCAGUAGUGAUGCUAUUUGCAACUACCAUACUUUGUGAUUGCUAUAAGUCUCCAGAUUCUGUGCUUGGCCCUACCACAAAUCACUCUUUAUUGGAAGCUGCAGGAUUUUACUUUAGUAAGUUACUCUUCACUGUAUAUCUUUUACCUUCUUAUUAUUGUCUUGUAGUGUUCAGGCCUAGUGGCAGAGCCAGCUAGGGCCGAGGAGGUUCAUCUGUACCCCUUCAGCGGAAAUUACACUGUUUAUACUUUAUACAUGGUUAACAUUAUUUUUAUGUAUAUACAUGUUUUGGAAUCAUUUGGUGAAAAUCCUGGCUCCGCCACUAAAUCGGGCUAAUUUAUCCACCUCGGCUAUUUGAUCGGUACCUGCUACCUACCACUAUUACAUAUGUUGGAUAACUCUAUCACCAAGAUUUAGGCAGAAGAGAGAAAUCACUCUGUUGGGAUUUGAUUUACCUUCUUAUAAAACUUUGUUGUUAUCAUCUUUGUCAUCAAUUAUUUUGCAUAUGAAAGUUGGAUGACUUUAGGAGAGAAGGCUGAACAGUUUAUGUGUAGCUAUUGUGACUGAGAGUUUGCAUCCCUGGAAAUAGAUAGGAAAAAUAAAAAAAAGUCUACUAAG